UCGAAUGAAGAAGCAGCAUCAGUGAAUUUUUCGCUCCAAUUUGCAAAAACUUGAGAAAAUUGUUUUCCAAAAUCGAGUGUGUGUUUAAAAACAAUUUGCAAAAACGCAGCGUGGAUAAUAUUCGUGCAGGAUGUGGCCGCAAGCGUUGCAAAUGACUAGAGACGAGUGUCGGGGCAUGUUGAGAAGACUUGAGCUGGAAUCAUAUUCGCAUGUGAUUAGUGUGUUUCGCGCUCAGGGUGGCCUCAGCGAAAACAAGGCCAAACUUCUUGAGGAGUUGCGUGGCAUAUUUCACAUCUCGCAAGAGCGUCAUCGUGCUGAAGCGCGUCGUGUUGCAAACGAUGAACAAUUGUGUACCAUUGCAGAAGCAAUUUCUGGUCCAAACACUUGGCAGGAAUGGUCGCGAGAAGGACGUCGUUCGUAUCCGAUGUUGCCGCGUGUGGCGCCACAAACAGCGCUCGCCUUAAUUGCUAAUAAUGUGGCCGCAGAGACAUCUUCUGAAAAUGCUAAACUACCUUAUCCUACUGAUACGGCAGCUGCUGCUGCAGAAAAUGCCAAUACCGUAAAUGCAAUUGCUGGGCGCGAUGGUGUGGCGCCUUGGGAAACAAAACGAGAAGUCUAUGUGGUCACUGAUGAUCCUUUCAAAAUGCCAGAUAUUCCAUCCGGCAAUAAGAAAACCCUGAAGCGUAACAUAUCAGACAGCCACACUGGCAGCAACAAGAAACGCAUCGUUAGCGAUUCUUCGCCCAGUAAACAUCAGCAGCACCAAAAGCAAUUCCAUCACAUAACAGCCAAUAGUUCUCAGCCAACUUCACCCAGCGGCGGCGCAAGCAAUAUUCGCAAAUUAUAUCACAACCAUAACAACAAAUCCCCACAGCAUCGUUUGAAUCAACCACAAAUGCCAAAACAAAAACUGGCAACGAAAAAAUCUCCCGUGGCAGCCGGACAAAAUGUUUCAUUGCCUGUAACGCCUGUGAAGCGUCAGGCGACACCAGCUAAAAGUGGUCGAAAAUCGAACUCGAAAAUGCAAGAACAAAAGCAACAACAGCAAAUACUGCAACAACAACAUCAACAUUUGCUGUCGCAAACAGCCAUUCGCAAUAUUCCACAUGUGGUAGGUGAGGGCGAUAUAGAUGAGUUGAAUAACGAACAGAAUUACGCACAGCCACAAAUUGCUGCUUCGAAGAAGGAUAUAACGAAGAAUCUGACCAAAUUACAAUUGCCAAAUGUUAUUACUUCCCCGGUAUUGUCGGCGGGGCCGGCGAGCGCAGUUUCACCAACCGUGAUAGCCCCAGCAACAGCGUCCGGCACACCAUUAUCUAUGAAUGCUAGCGCUACACGUAUUGAUGCUCAUCACAUGACUGCUGCCACAUCACCACCUGUGGGCAGCGGUGGUAGCGCAGCAAUUACUAUUCCAACAAUGGUGCAUAGCAGAGGAGAGAAGCAACUUAUUUCAACACCUGUGCAAAAGAUUAUACUUGAAGAUCGUCUGCCACCACAACAACCACCAAGUUUGAUAGGCUCCUCAUCAGCAGCAGCAUCAGUUGCGUCCGGGGUUGUAGUAUCAACAGCGUCCACAUUACCAAUGCAAUCGAUAUCCGCACCCCAGAUAAUGACAUUGCCGCAAAUAUCAGCCGCUGCAACGAAAUUGCGUGCAGUCAAUACAACUAUUAUACCACCCGGCGCCAAGCUUCCCACAAAAAAGUUUACAAAUUCUACAUUUAUCAGUGCUACUGGUAUAGGUACGCAUGGCAAUGAAGGCAACACAACAUCCGCCGGACAGGGGUUUAGCAUAAUUGAAGGCAAUAAUAAUCCGACUAAUUCACAAACUUUGCCUGCUGUGCCGACGCAUACGCCUCCGGUAGUCAUACAAAUUCAAAGCACAAAUAGCGCAAGCAUAGCCCACGAGGGUACUGCAACAGCAACAUCGACACCUACACCGGCACAAGGUAAAGUGUUGACGACAAAAAUAUUGCCAGCUGUGCUUAGUGGUGCCGGUACUGUGGUGGCAGGUGGUGGUGCUAACGCUGGUGGCAGAGUAAGCGUCGGCGGCAAUACCGUCAAUAUUACGAAAAUUGAAACGCUCAAUAAUGGCGCCACGCUUGUAAGUGCCGGCAGCGGAAGUGGUCCGAAUGUUUCAUUGAAAAAUAUGGGCUCAACACUACUGCUCUCACCCAAUCAAAGCAGUGGUACUGCUGGCAGUACACUGUUCUCAUCACUAACUUCGGGUGCUCCGAUCUUCCGCAAAUCACAGUUUAUCAAAGCGGGCACAAUUGGCGUGAACACUAGCAGCGUCGGAAAGCUUUCUGGCACCUUUACUACUUCCAAUUCUGGUCCUCAAAUCAUAAGCAAUAUCAAAUUGGCACCAGCAAAUGCCACUACAAGUGCUACUUCCAUCAGCAGUUCGGGUCUACAGCAGCAACAAUUGACAACAACAUCACCUUUCUUACAACAUCAACUAAAGAAUAUAUCAACGACUGGCAUACGAACCCCCGUAAAAAUAUGCCAUUCAUCAAACGGAAAAGUAUUCAUACAACCUGCCACUUUGGAUGCGGCUUCCAAAGGGAAAUUACAAAGCGCUGUUUCGCAUAAAAUCUUAUCCAACGCAGUUGUGGGAACUAGCAACACAGGUGCAGGCACGUCAGCGACAAAUCAACCACAGCGUAUUGCUAUACAGAAAGUGCAAAUCAUACCGGCACCACUGAAUUCGCCUGGCAAUUUAACUGGUUCUUUCCACACGGCCCACACGCAAUCAAUCGCAACAACAGGUACUCUUACCUUUAGUGGCAAUAAAGGCAAUAUGAUAUUUGUGCCAUCGGCUGGUGGACGCACAACAUCAGGCACCUUAACGUUGUCGAAAAGUGCGAGUGUUGGUAGUGGUAUUGUUGCUAGCAAAGUGCAGCCAACCACCCAGAACUCAGAUGCAGGGAAACCAAAUGUAGUAAUAAUUGGUUCGUCGCCAGCACAAUUAAGCUCAAGUACUUCAAAUAAGACAACAACUUUCAUUGAAGCUGCCAACAAGUUGAAUGUAGCCUCAUCGGUGUCUGCCGGCAAUGCCAGUACAAUACAAUUGGAACCCAAUCAAAUGAUUACCGAAGAUACUCCAGUUGAUAUUCUUAAUAUGCCAAUUACAGUUGAUAGUGGCGAUGGUACCAAUAUCACAAUGGGCAAUAAUAUCGGCGAUACAGUUACGGUAUUGCCAACAUCGCUCGUCGAGAGUGCACAGCAACAGCAACCGUCCACAAUAAUUUUGGGUGCUACCGAUUGGGAAAUGGAAUUGGAUCAGGCAACUGCAGUUGCAGCAGCAACAAAAGCAGCCUCAAAAUGCUCAGAACAUCAUCGGCAGUCAAGUAGCCCUACUGGCAAACAGCAUAGUUCACAAAAGCAACAGCAAAUGCAUGACAAGGAAUCGAUUGAUGGUGAAACCAUUAUUAUCGAUGAUAGUUUCGAGGAUGUUAUUGUAGAAGAGCAGGAGGAUGGUGAUACUGAUGCUGGUACUGAGACCGAAGGCACAAUCGAUGACGGUGAAAUAAACGAAGGAGAAACAGGCGAGGAUACAGCCGGCGGAGAGGGUCAAGAAAUGACCGAAAAAGCAUACACAGUCUUUAGUGGUAAUGAAAGUGAAAGUGAAGUGUUAACAACAACAAAACCAAGAGACACGGUAAAAUUAAAAGUCGGACGCAUGCAGAAAAUAUAUAACAACACCACUGCCACCGCCACUGUAAUCACAGAUGAUGAUGAACCUAUAGAAGUGAUUGACGAUGAUGAAGACGACCAUGAAGCGACUGUGGUUGGCAGCCAGAAAAAGUACACCAAAAGUACACAGCAGGAAAGUGAAAAGGGGCAGAGAAUAUUGAAAGUAGCAAAUGCAAACAACGAAAGCAGAAAUAAUAAUUCGGCUAAUGCUGAAUGUGACACAGAUGCAGGAUUUGACGAGACAAUUGUUGCCGACAUUGAUGAAAACACCGCUGUCGAAUAUAUCGAAGACGAUAAUACACACGCAACGCAUAAACAUGAAAAAAGUAAGGUUAACGUUUUAGAUGUUACGCGCCCAACUACCACAAAGGUGCAACUGGUGAAGGAGAGUGAAGUAAUCUUGCUGGACGAAAAUGAUGGCACAGCGCCAACAGCAACAACAACGCUUGCCACAGCAACUGUAACAGCAACAGACGAUGCUGCCGUAGAAGAAGAAAUCGUAGUGGAGUCUGAAGACACGGCGAAGGUGCUUAGCGGUAGUGGUGCCUCGACUACGAUAAAUGUUGCUCCGUCAAAAUCAGCAGCAGUCGCUACUAGCAGUGGCAGUGAGACGUCGGGCAUACAAUAGAUAAACUAAGCUACAAUAAACUGCAAGUGGCAUGCCUAGGUACUGACGCAUAUUUUUUUACGGACUUCUUGAUUUUAAAUACACAUAUAGCAAUAGAAAGAAAUGGUAGUGAGAAAGUGUGUGGCGCAGGCAAAGUAUAAUAGUUAAACAAGUAACAAAUUUAAACAGGUAAUUUGAAACACAUUUUGGAAAAUAAAUGUAGCAUUAGUGCACUCGUAUGGGAGUGGUUGUCAAAGAAAAACGGUAGUGGUAAAUAGCCACAACAUAGAAUUACAGCUAUAGGUGAAGUAAAGUAAAUAAAGAUUGUUUAAUAAAGGACAGCAGAUUUAGUUACUGUGAAGGCUAUAAAAAAGGAAAUAAUGCAUUAGCACGAUAUUUAAAGAAUACUAUUACUAACUGAAGUCGGUUGGAUUAUAGUUUAUAAAUAAUAUACAGUUUUUUGGUUUUUGUAGCGAUCACUUUGUAGAAUAUAUUUUUGGUACACUUGUAGGCUGGUGUGAUCUAUUAUUUAAUGGUGCAAAUAAAACACUUAUUCCACCUUCGUUGCCCAACGUUUCGCUGAAAUUUCCAGCAUCAUCAGGGGCCACUAUGUUUUUUAUAAAUCCAACAAAGAAAUACAACGAAAAAACAAAAGAUGUUCAAAUGAAUAAUAAAAGUUGCCAUACAUGUGUUUGUAAAAACAAAGACAACAAUUAUGGACUAUGGAUAGAUAUGUAUUAAUAUUAAGUUUAAAGCAAAUGUUUAAUAUUAUUGUGAGUAUAUGUUCUUUGUAUUAGUCCAUAAUUGUUGUCUUUGUUUUUACAAACUCAUGUAUGCCAACUUUUAUUAUUCAUUUGAACAUCUUUUGUUUUUUCGUUGUAUUUCUUUGUUGGAUUUAUAAAAAACAUAGUGGCCCCUGAUGAUGCUGGAAAUUUCAGCGAAACGUUGGGCAACGAAGGUGGAAUAAGUGUUUUAUUUGCACCAUUAAAUAAUAGAUCACACCAGCCUACAAGUGUACCAAAAAUAUACAGUUUGAUUGAAAAUAACAUUUUUAAAAUGAUUUGUUUUAAAUAAAUUAUAUUUCUUUUGUAAAAUUAUGUAGUGUAAGUAAUCUAGUGUAAAUUAAGUACUCACAUGGUUUUUUAUGCGCACCCACGACGAAAACCUUAAUACAAUUGAAUUCGUAUAUAGUACUAGUAGAGAUAAGUACCAGUGGGGGAAUAAAACAACUAAGUUUUAUUUUCUAAGAUGUACAUAGUAGUGUUAUGUUUAGGUUGUAGAUGAGCUUCAUAAAUCAUUGGUGAAAUAUUUGGGCAGGAAAAACAACAAUGACAUCAGUGGCAGCACAUUUUUCUCGAUGAACGUUGAGUUUAAUGCAGGCGCGGGUUGUUUAUACAUAAAUGAAUCCUUGUUAUUUUCGAAAGAAAAGGUUAAAAUAAACACAUUCAUACAUACAUUCAUACAUCAUUUGUUCGUAUACUAACAAAACAAAAAUCGUUAAAUUAGUCACUUACGCAUGCACGCACUUGUGUACAUAAAUAUGUCAUAUAUAAACACAUGUAUAUACAUACAUACAUGCAUACAUACAUAUGUACAUAGAUACAUAGAAUUGUUUAAAGCAACGCAAUUCACAGCGAGAUUAUAGGUUAGUAGUUGGGAUUUGUUCCAAUAUUUUUUCUAACGCAUAAAUUACUUUACAACCGACUCGCAAACAAUUUAACGUUUAAUAGAGUUAGUGUAUACGUAUGUAUUUAAGGUUGGGCAACGGCGUGUAAAGUAUAUAAAUAAAUGAAAUAAAGCUUGCAGUGAACAGUAGAACAUUUGCACAGGACAUUGUUUAGUAAUAAAUGAGAUCAUUUAAAACGUUUUGUUUCUUUUCCUAAUUAGCUUAGUAUAGUAAGCAAUAAAAAUAAUAGAGUAACAAGUCCAAAUUACAAAAUUUUAGUAGCCUAUUAAAAAAACAGUAAUUUUCACUUGGAAACUACCAACGGAAAUUCUCUUUUGAACUUUGAAUCAAAAAAUUUAUAAAUAAUUUGAUUUAAUUACUAGUUUGUAUUUAGCCAUGCCAGCUACGACCAAACCAGUGGGGAGAUUCUGUAACCAGUUAGCGAACAUUUUCGGAUCGCUAUCGUAAUUUGCCGACGUUUGUUAUGAAUGUCGAAAGUUGCGAUCCGAAAAUUGUCACCAACUGAUUACAGAAUCUGCCCACCGCUCUUUCUCCACAAUAUGCAUCCAAUCAUUUUUCAUACCUAUUUCAGCACAGAAUUUCUAACAAUCUAAGAUAAUGCCUGAAUUCAUAAACUUAAUAUUCUUGACUAACUCAACCAAAAAAAAAAAUUACUAUUCUUUAUUUGCGUUCUCAUUUAAAACUAAGCAAUUAGCAGCUAUAGUUUAAAAAGCGCAAAUCACAAAGUAACAUAAUUACUAGACUAACGUUUAUAUGUACAGUUAAAUAAUAAAAAAAAA